AUGGACUUGGAUCCCGUCUCGCCGUUCGCUGGAAUCCAGAGAGCAGAAGGUCUAUGGUGGGAAGACUGUGGGCUUGUAAUACAAGCUGAAAACACGGUUUAUCGCGUCUCGCGCGACUUUCUCGCUGGACAGUCUCCAGUUUUCCGCGACAUGCUUCUGCUGCCAAUUCCCUCGGACGCGGAAACGCUGGAGGGCUGUCCGCUUGUCCGUAUUCCAGACACCGCCGAAGAUAUGACAUACUUCUUCAAAGCAUUGUUCUUUUAUGAUUUCUUCCAAGCACACCCGCACCCAACAACGUUCCGUGUGGUCUCCAGUGUCUUGCGGAUGAGUGACAAGUAUGGAGUAGACGGUCUUCGUGCUAGAGCGUUGGGCCACUUGUCGCUCGCACAUCCAAUGACCCUUGAAGAGUUAAAAGCGCUCCCGACCGCCGAUGACAACACCCUGAUAGACAGCUUAUAUGACGCUGGCGCCGACGUUGUUGCUCUUGCUCGCCGCCUUUCACUGGACUGGCUGCUCCCGUUCGCGUUCUACCGACUGUGCCAAAGCCACAUUCACGACCUCAUAUUUACUGCUGAUCUGUCUGUCGAGGACAAGCAGAGAUGGCUCAACGGGCAUCGGCUGCUAGAAGGGAGGGAAAACAACGCGUUGCUCGACUUUUUCUGGACGCCCGAGUCAAUUGACGGGUGUGUGGGCGAUGCGUGCGACCUAGAGCGGUUGUCGUUUCGCAAGGUCACGCUCGGCUGGGGCACGCUGACCACGCUGGACCUGCUCCCGAAUCUCCCACUGGACAUAUGGGACGACAAGGACUGGGAGCGUCUCGAUGUCUGCGACACCUGUCUUUCGGUGAUGAAAGCGCACUUUGGUGCAGCGAAGGACGCGUUUUGGGAGCGGUUGCCCAAGAUAUUCGAUUUGCCAAGCUGGAUGCUGUUAAAGAAGAUGAAAGACGAUGCAUUAAAUUAG